CAGACGGACAUCCACGAGUUGACCAGUGACCUGGACGGAGCCGGGAUUCCCUUCCUGGACUACAGAACCUACACUAUGCGAGUGCUGUUCCCGGGAAUUGAAGACCACCCUGUCCUCCGGGACCUCGAGGUCCCGGGCUACCGGCAGGAGCGCGUGGAGAAAGGCCUGAAGCUCUUCGCUCAGCUCAUCAACAACAAGGUGUUCCUGCUGUCCUUCAUUCGCACGCUGGAGUCUCAGCGCAGCUUCUCCAUGCGGGACCGCGGCAACGUGGCCUCGCUCAUCAUGACCGGCCUGCAGGGCCGCCUGGAGUACGCCACCGACGUCCUCAAGCAGCUGCUCUCUGACCUCAUCGAUAAGAACCUGGAGAACAAGAACCACCCCAAGUUGCUUCUCCGGAGGACUGAGUCGGUGGCUGAGAAGAUGUUGACCAAUUGGUUUACUUUCCUGCUCUACAAGUUCCUCAAGGAGUGUGCCGGGGAGCCCCUCUUCUCCCUGUUCUGCGCCAUCAAGCAGCAGAUGGAGAAGGGGCCUAUUGACGCCAUCACGGGCGAGGCCCGCUACUCUCUGAGCGAGGACAAACUCAUCCGCCAGCAGAUCGACUACAAAACCCUGGUCCUGAGUUGUGUCAACCCAGACAAUGCCAACAGCCCUGAGGUCCCAGUGAAGAUCCUCAACUGCGACACCAUUACUCAGGUCAAGGAGAAGAUUCUGGACGCCAUCUUCAAGAAUGUGCCCUGCUCCCACCGGCCCAAGGCUGCAGACAUGGACCUGGAGUUUCAGGACUCCGGGAUGCGGCUGGCCUUCCCAGGGCUCUCCGUGCUGCCCUCCCCACUCGCCGCCUCUCCCCACCGCCCGCAGGUCCUGAGUUGUGUCAACCCAGACAAUGCCAACAGCCCUGAGGUCCCAGUGAAGAUCCUCAACUGCGACACCAUUACUCAGGUCAAGGAGAAGAUUCUGGACGCCAUCUUCAAGAAUGUGCCCUGCUCCCACCGGCCCAAGGCUGCAGACAUGGACCUGGAGUGGCGACAAGGAAGCGGGGCGAGGAUGAUCCUGCAGGAUGAAGACAUCACCACCAAGAUAGAGAACGACUGGAAGAGACUGAACACCCUGGCGCAUUACCAGGUGCCGGAUGGUUCUGUGGUGGCUUUAGUGUCCAAGCAGGUGACAGCCUACAAUGCAGUGAACAACUCCACUGUCUCCAGGACCUCGGCAAGUAAAUACGAAAACAUGAUCCGGUACACGGGCAGCCCUGACAGCCUCCGCUCACGCACACCCAUGAUCACCCCUGACCUGGAGAGUGGCGUCAAGAUGUGGCACCUGGUGAAGAACCACGAGCACGGGGACCAGAAGGAGGGUGACCGGGGGAGCAAGAUGGUGUCUGAAAUCUACCUGACACGACUGCUGGCCACUAAGGGCACACUGCAGAAGUUUGUGGACGACCUCUUCGAGACCAUCUUCAGCACGGCGCACCGUGGCUCCGCCCUGCCCCUGGCGAUCAAGUACAUGUUUGACUUUCUGGAUGAGCAGGCAGACAAGCACGGCAUCCACGACCCGCACGUCCGCCACACCUGGAAGAGCAACUGCCUGCCCCUGAGGUUUUGGGUCAACAUGAUCAAGAACCCCCAGUUUGUGUUUGACAUCCACAAGAACAGCAUCACUGACGCCUGCCUCUCGGUGGUGGCCCAGACCUUCAUGGAUUCCUGCUCCACUUCGGAGCACCGGCUGGGCAAGGACUCGCCCUCCAACAAGCUGCUCUACGCCAAGGACAUCCCUAGCUACAAGAACUGGGUGGAGAGGUAUUACUCAGACAUCGGGAAGAUGCCGGCCAUCAGUGACCAGGACAUGAAUGCGUACCUGGCUGAGCAGUCCCGGAUGCACAUGAAUGAGUUCAACACCAUGAGCGCGCUCUCCGAGAUCUUCUCCUACGUGGGCAAGUACAGCGAGGAGAUCCUUGGACCUCUGGACCACGAUGACCAGUGUGGAAAGCAGAAACUGGCCUACAAACUAGAACAAGUCAUGACCCUCAUGAGCUUAGACAGCUGAGAACCGUCCUUCCAGGCAGCCCCUGGAGGGAGGGACACACCAAGCCGUGCCUCAGUCUAGAUUGUCAUCUUUACCAAGUGCAAGUUCCGACUGGCGUCAGCAGCAUCCCCUGAGCAGCGCUGUCUCCCUCUCUCUCUCUCUGUCUCUCUGCCUGUUUCUGUCUCUCUCCUUCCUGGAUCCCCUCUUCCAGUUGCUCUACCAACAUGAUUGAGCCAAGCCACCGACCCUCAGUCCAGGAUGGCCCGCCUGCGCCCCCCCCAUGAGGGACCUGACCAGAAGGCAUCAGAGGGGGCCCUCUUCCCCGCUGACCUCACGCAUAAGCAGCAGGGCCCGAGUAUGGAUGGGGAGCCACGGAUGCAGGAUGUUUCUGUGCUGCUACUUCACCUUCCACGUUUUGAGAGCCCCGCGUUGAGCCGAACGUUGGCCUGCGGACGAGGCGGUGAGCUCUGUAUUAUCUUCACUGGGAAGACGUCUCCUGGCCCAGGUUUCCACCUCCAGGGGCUCUGUCAGCGGCGUGGUCCCUCUGCAACCGUGAGAAGAAAGGCUGCACCUCCUGCGUGUGGCUGGCGUGGGGAGCGUGAGGCGUCGUGGGGUGCCUCGCAGGCUGUCUCCCACUCGUUGGGUCGGCAUCCAGAGGCCUUUUUGUUCCCUUUCAAUCUUCUUGGAGCCUUUCCGAGUGCCCACAGGGCCCUGCCUGCCCAGUCUCCUCCUGGCCUGUGGAAAACCAGACAGGAGAAAGAAUAGCAGUUACAGCCCACUGUGGAGAUCCUCCCAACCCCCCAGUCUGGCUCACAGCGGCAGAAACGUAACACGUAGAGGGAGAAAAGAAGAGGGCCGCAUCUACCCUAGAAGCAGAAUUCGUUGUUUUCCAUUUGCCGCCACAUGCUAACGAAUCACGACCGUAGUCGUGGGUCUGAUCCCUUGCAGAUCCCCGAGUGCCGUCUAGAGGACACACCUCCAUCCUCAUCAGGGGUCGAGGUGAAAUGCCGAGUGCAUCUGGGAGAUUCUACCUCCAGCUGUCUCCGUGGCUCCAUCCCCACCAUCCUUCCUGAGAACUCUGUAGAAAGUUGGGGCAGACAGCCUCGCCCCCGGCUCCCCGCAGAAUCUGGUGCCGUCGCAGAUGCAGAUGACUUUGUCUCUGGACUGUUCAGACCUCCUUGGGAAUUAUUUCAUCAGCAUCGCGGCUGUCUCUUUCAUCGCUCUCCUCCCUCAGCUCUUCGGCAGUCAUCAUGGAAAGAAACACACUCAAGCCCAGCCUCGCAGAGACAAGCCAAAAUGCCAGCCCAACUCAGUCCCGGGUUUGUCGUGUUUGGGAAGGACCGAAGAAUCAAGAGGAAGGGCCUGGCCGGAAAAGCGAGGAGGGACGUACAACUGACCUUGGCUCUGGCAUCUGUUCCUCCAUCUUUCCUUCCAUCCACAGAUACAUCAUUUUAGCCAGCCAGACUAAUGUGUGCUCAGACACGUGUCCUAGGUGAGCAGGGGCUAUAGUGAGAGACGGUCUGACGGAGGAUCUUGGAAACCUAUAACCUUGAAGGGACCUUAGACACCAUCUCCAUCUGCGGUCCAGUCUCCGCCAUAGACUCGCCUGGCAGCCCCGGUGUGGAGUUGUACACCACUCUGGGAGGCAGGCAGCGGCACCAUCUCAGGUGGGGUUGGGGACAAGGUUCCACAGUCCCACCUUCACUCCCCGAGCAUCAGACAUCCUCCCCUGCCAUCCACCCCACAGGGGCCCCACGUGGAAAGAGGAAGGAACCACACCAUUUCCAGCAACAUCUGUGGAGCACCCUGUGCUUAAAGAAUGCUAGCCCCUUUGGAUAUGAGUACGUGUGUGUGUGUGACCUCAUGUGCACACGUGUGUGUGUGUGUGUGUGUGUGUGUGUGUGUGUGAGCUCAGAAAGCUUUCUUGUCCUAUCAGGGGGAUUUGAAGCAUCUCCCUUCUCUGCCCUUGCUCACCAUUCAUUCUGCAACUUUGGGACAUUUCAACACUUGUUUUCUGUGCUGAGUGCAGAGGGGUGAGGUCACCUCUCCACAGGAAAUCAGGGUGGUCACUGGCCAAGGGGAUCCUGGACAGGACUGGAGGCCGGGCGGUGGUGACGCAGAGCAGGGCGUGACGUGGCGUCGAGCGGGACAAAUGAUGGGCAAAAUACAAGUAACCUAACCAACGGGAAGAGGAGAAUGAGAAAAUAUGCAUGUCAAGGGGGAAAAGCAUAACCAAAGGUUUUGGCAAAUGAAGUGCCAGGUGAAGAAGCAUGGAAUUUCUACCCUUGAUCAUUUGAUUUCCUCCCCAGAAGCCACAAGCCCUGGCAGGCCAGGAAGGAAGCAUGCGGGAGGAGGGCUGAGGAGGCACCUGGGCCGCUAAAAUAUUUUUGCACAUGUGAAGGGGUUGGGGAGAAGAAAGACACAAACAUGUUUAACACAGAUGUGCUGAAUGGAAGCUGUGAGUUUAAGUAUGUGUGUAUGAGUGAGUUUUGAUUUAUUUUUUAAGUUUUGCACAGUUAGAGAAAAAAAAUGAACAAGUAGAAAAAAGACUGUUAUCAUGGUUCUGCUGAAGCUUUUCUUUUUUUACCGGAUUAUCACUAUUGUUUCGUUGUCGGUACAAAUUUUUUUCCCCAUGUGUUUGUUGUAAGAGAAACUUCAGUCACCUCGGAGGAAUGUCAGGAAGAAAGAGGGGAGGAGGAUGGACAAGUUUCCACGCCCUCCUCAUCUCUCCUGGGGGAGGGGUUUGGGGCAGGUUUUAUUUUAAUUGGUGGGGUGGGUUGUUUCUGGCGCUUUGUUUACCCAAAGUCUCUGUGGCCUGCUGGGGGGAUGGAGAAAAUAGGAUCGAAUUUCGCAGCGUCACAACCCAUCUUCCGCGUAAGAGCUCUCUUUCCUUUUGCUGUUUGUUUUCCAUUUCUUUUGUUUGGAUUCUUGGCGCACGCGUGAUACGUUUCAAAGUAAAGACAAGGCAGCGUUGUCAAAAAGCCUCUCCUUCCCCCAGAUCUUCUUUCCACACCUCCGCUUGGAACGCCCAACCUCCUCCUGGCAGGCCAGAGACCCCAUGCUGGCCAGUAUGUGCCACAGAAGGGACUUGGGCAGACUGGGUCCUCUGGAAGGGAAGUCUCUUCAAGGCCCCGCCCCGUGUCACAGUUAAUGUUCAGGGUCACAGUUCUGUUUAAGGUGGGACCUUUAUCUGACUCCUUGAGUUGUGGGCAGAGAGCAGGGGAGAAAAGGCCAUGUUUCCUCACCUCCCUUUCAUACCAUCUCUUUCACUCUUUCAACUCCUUGAAACCACCAGGGUCCAAAAUGGUACCAGGAGAUCACAAAGUCGAAAUAACUGACCUGGGUGAGGUAAGGAGUCUGAAUGUUGAAGUGAGAUGGGAUGGCGCCGGGAGUGGCGAGGGGGAGGGAGAACUUUUCCGAGGUCCUGAAUCUAAAAGAAUGGGAGAGAGAGGCUGGGCAAGUUAACUGCAGGCUGGUCAUCUCUCCCGGGAGCACAAGUCUCCCCCAGGUCUGGGCUUUGCCAUUCUCUGGCCUUCCUUGGAAGGAGAGACCCUGACAUUUCUUGGUUAACUGCAAAUAGUACCUUUACGUGAAGUCGGCUAUUGUGUCGGUUACUUCCUCAGGAAAACAUUUUUUUCUUGCCUUCUGCUUUCAAGGUGGUUUGGAAGUCAGGGACCCAGGAUAACCUGAGCGUCCCACAGGCCAACCGUGAUGUGCACACCCACAGCCCUAGAGCCUCCCUCUCGUGAGCCUGUGGGCCAGUGAGGCCAGAGAUGCUAGAAAGAGAGAACUCAGUUUAAACAAGUGCCGACAUUUGAGGCAGACUGUCCUGGACUGUGCCAAGCAGCGGCAGGAGCGAGGCCUCUGGUCUUGGCCCUGCAGGCCCAGCUCUCCUCCCAGGCUGGGAUCAGUGUCCAUGCACUAUCCCAGCGCCACACCCCCUUCCCCUCACCCCAGGCCCGCGUGCUCUUGUCCCCUUUGCAUGCCUGGCUCCUGAGUGUGCCCCACCCCAGCAGAACGGAGUGCCCCCUCCCCACCUCCCGCACUCGUAGCCUCGCACGCAUAGCCACUAAGUUCAGGAGCUGCUCAGCCCCCGGUGGACAGCUCCGCCCUCAGUCCAGCCCCCUGGGACCGCCCUAGCCCCGUCCAAGCCCUCCAAAGCUGCCUCGCCCGCGAGCGCUCGGGGCUCCCUGGUCCAGCCAGGGCCGGUGGGCCCCCCAUCAGAGGAGCCACAGCAGUGAUUUCCCAAAUGACCUCCAUUCCACAAGGCAAGUCCUGCUGAUGUUUCCAGAGCCCCAAACAACCCCUCGCUCUCACCUAAAAGGGAAAGUUCCUUACGCCAUCUGUCUCAGCUCUUAGGACAAAGGGGCACUUCCUUUGGCCUCACAGGAUGCGAAGUCAAAUACUUAACGCAGCGAAGGCUACGGCUAAUUACUGUUAAUCAAAAACAGAGAGCCGUGGAGGGAGAGGAGCUUUGGCCCUGGACCACGGCCCUUCCAGGAACUGGCCCCGCCAAUGAGAACCGCAGCACGGCUGUCUGAGAGGGGAUCCCGUGAAUGAAAAGCGUCUAGGUACCAGAGUCUCCACUGUGCCCCCCCCGCAGACCCGCCCCGGGCACAUCCCACCUCCUUCCUGGCCCUUCCUCUUGCUUCUAGUUCACGUCCUCAAGAACCUUCUCUCAGCCCCUCACUUGCCCUGUCAGCUCUCAGGAUAGACCACGAAGCCCCCCUCCCCUCUCUCAGCCCUCCCCUUUGUCUUUAAGCCGUAGGUAGGCUAUUUGGGGUCUGCAGUUGUUUAUUUUUUGUUCGUGUAUUUUAAGGGUGCGAGAUUAAGGGAGGGAGCCCAGGCGUGGAUGUAAAGUCCAAAUACUGGGGUGGGGCGGGGGGAGCACCAAACUCUUCAUCUGUGACUUCCAAGCGGAUGAGGAGAAACCGGAGACCGGAGGACAGGGGGGCUCCCCCUGUUGUUAAAGAAAUGGGCCAGGACAUCCCCAGGCGUGGCCAUGCCAGGGGGAGCAGCCUCCGUGGCCGCUAACGUUCUUGGUGCUCCCCUUGGCUGGCUGGAGCCCCGCGUGCCAGCCCUGCUCCUCCUGCCCCUGUCGCCUCACCCCGCAGACUGGGAGGCUGGGGGACAGCCACAGGGGACGCCGAAGAGGCAGCUCCUGGGAGAGGCUGACGCUCUGGAGCCUCUGGAAAACUGAGUGACCCCGCCUCCCACUCGGAAAGGAAUCUCUGCAGUAAAAGUUCAUUCAAGAGAGAGCUUUUUUAAACUACAAAUCUUUGAUCCCCAAUAAAAUUAUUUAUUAUUAGGGGGAGUAUCCAGCUUCGAUAAAAUGUAAAGGAUGCUUUGGUUGUAAAAGUAAUACCUACUCAUUCGAGUCCCAAUUCAAUUCCUUGAGUAGGCAGGUGACUGCCCUCAAUCAAAACCAAACCAAACCAAAUCGCUAUGAAUACAAAGAGAUUUCUGUUUGUACUGCAGGGACUGCUGGGCCAGGGUGGGGAAGGCCCGGUGACCUCGGUCAGGCGAGCCCCACCUUCCCUCCGCUCUACCCUCUCUCACUUCUCUCUGGGCCGCCCCUGGUGUCGCUGAAUCCUACAGCUUCCCCCAAACAGCAGGGAGACCCUGCUAGGGGUUAGUUGUGGAGGGACCCCUCUCCCGAGAAGGCAGAUGCUCACGGAAAAUAGGUCUGUGCAGCUCAUCUUGCACCAGUUUCUUUAUCUGGAAUUAGAACUUCUUUUGUUGGUAUCUUUGAUCUUACAACUCAAGCACAUUUUGGAAGGGCUCCCUUACAAGAGUAGAAUUCCAAACAGAGGAUACGGUUAAAGAGCAAUGCAAAGAACACUUAAGAAACUGAGACACCACUUUACCAAACAGGACUACUGAACGCAAUACAGGUGGACAACUAAGAAGGUGUAUGUGUCCAUGUGUGUUCUCCUUCCCCAAUGUUCCUGUCAGCUUGUUUUGGCCUGUUAAGCCUUCUGUUCUUUAAAAAGAAAAGCUAGUUUACCUCAAAGAAUCUUGUUUCCAUUUGGAAACCAUGACUUUGUGUUUUUGGGUGGACGACCCUUCCCCCCAUCACUCCCUGCCUGGGCCUGGCAUCCGUGAGGCCAGAGGUCCCGGCUUAGUCAUGAGCUGGCUGCACUGACCAGGAACAAGAACCCCAGGCCCUGAGGUGGGAGGGAAGAAUUGGAGGUAGCCACCCUCCUCCCCACUUUAGCUUGUAGAGACCAGCCUAUCUCUUUCAGCAGGGUCCUGCCAAGUUACUAUAGCAACCAACAACUCCAGGGUACCACAAGAGAUAAUGGCUCAGUGAGCCGAGGGGUGGGGGGAGAGGAGUCUGGCCUGGUCAGAUGACCCAGAGUUAAGUCUCAAACACUAGAGAGAGGAGGAGGAACAGGAAAGGAUGAAUGGGUGGUUUAAGGAACAGGCAGGGGCCUUUGAGUCUCAGAGACAGGCUGCUGAAGGCGGUAGGGCGGUCAUUCCUGCUCGGGUCACCCACUCCCAGCCCCGCCCCACUUCUAUUUCCAGAAAGCUCCCACCUUGAACACUGACCCUUUGUUAGAACAAAGCAAAACAUAUCUUUAGACAACAGUGUUACAAUAAGCCUCAAAGAUAUGUGGAUGAAAUCUAUUAGAGGAAGAGGGUCUUCUGGUUUUGAUUUUUAAAGAAGAGUAUCCAAGUAAGAUUAAAAAAAAAAAAGAUUAAAAAAAAAAGUUUUUAAAAAGGAAACCUAUGCUAUUUAAAUUGGAGCCCAGUUGUAACUUGGUAAAGGCAAGCUUCUGUACCUUUGUUAUAAUUAAUUGUAUACCUGUGUAUGUAAAUAUAAGGCAUUCCUAUUUUGCAGUUCAGAACA